CUGAGGUCCGAGUUGGUAGCCACGGUGUGUGUGGUAGCGGCUGGUACGACCGCGGAGAAAUGAGGCAGAAGCGGAAAGGAGAUCUCAGCCCUGCUGAGUUAAUGAUGCUGACCAUAGGAGACGUUAUUAAACAACUAAUUGAAGCCCACGAACAGGGGAAAGACAUCGAUCUAAAUAAGGUGAAAACCAGGACAGCUGCUAAAUACGGACUUUCAGCACAGCCCCGCCUGGUGGAUAUCAUCGCCGCAGUCCCACCUCAGUAUCGAAAGGUUUUGGUCCCCAAGUUAAAGGCAAAACCCAUCAGAACUGCCAGUGGGAUUGCUGUUGUGGCUGUGAUGUGCAAACCCCACAGAUGCCCACAUAUCAGUUUUACAGGAAACAUAUGUGUAUACUGCCCUGGUGGACCUGAUUCAGAUUUUGAAUAUUCAACCCAAUCUUAUACUGGAUAUGAGCCAACCUCCAUGCGAGCUAUCCGUGCUAGAUAUGACCCUUAUCUACAGACAAGACACCGAAUAGAACAGUUAAAACAACUUGGUCACAGUGUGGAUAAAGUGGAGUUUAUUGUGAUGGGUGGAACGUUUAUGGCCCUUCCAGAAGAAUACAGAGAUUAUUUUAUUCGAAAUUUACACGAUGCCUUAUCAGGACACACCUCCAACAGUAUUUACGAGGCAGUCAAGUAUUCUGAGAGAAGCCUCACAAAGUGUAUUGGUAUUACUAUUGAGACCAGACCAGAUUACUGUAUGAAGCGGCAUUUAAGUGACAUGCUGACCUAUGGCUGCACAAGGCUGGAGAUUGGGGUGCAGAGUGUCUAUGAAGAUGUGGCCAGAGAUACCAACAGGGGCCACACUGUGAAGGCAGUAUGCGAGUCAUUUCACCUGGCCAAGGAUUCUGGUUUCAAAGUUGUGGCUCAUAUGAUGCCUGAUCUGCCAAACGUGGGACUAGAGAGAGACAUUGAACAGUUUAUAGAGUUUUUUGAGAACCCUGCUUUUCGUCCUGAUGGUUUGAAACUCUACCCUACCCUGGUGAUUCGUGGAACUGGGCUUUAUGAGCUCUGGAAAUCAGGAAGAUAUAAAAGUUAUUCUCCUAGUGACCUGAUCGAAUUGGUGGCCCGGAUCCUUGCUCUUGUGCCUCCAUGGACUCGAGUAUACCGAGUGCAGAGAGAUAUUCCAAUGCCCUUAGUCAGCUCAGGAGUAGAGCAUGGCAAUUUGAGAGAGCUGGCAUUUGCAAGAAUGAAAGACCUUGGAAUACAGUGUCGAGAUGUGAGAACCAGAGAGGUUGGAAUCCAAGAAAUUCAUCACAAAGUACGGCCAUACCAGGUUGAAUUGGUAAGGAGAGAUUACGUUGCAAAUGGUGGCUGGGAAACAUUCUUAUCAUAUGAAGACCCAGAUCAAGACAUUUUGAUUGGCCUCCUAAGAUUACGAAAGUGUUCAGAAGAAACCUUUCGUUUUGAAUUGGUUGGAGGUGUUUCCAUAGUUCGAGAGCUACAUGUAUACGGAAGUGUAGUCCCUGUGAGCAGUCGAGAUCCUACUAAGUUUCAGCAUCAGGGAUUUGGCAUGCUUCUGAUGGAGGAGGCAGAAAGAAUAGCUAGAGAAGAACACGGAUCUGGGAAAAUAGCUGUUAUAUCAGGGGUCGGCACCAGGAAUUAUUACAGAAAGAUUGGCUACAGACUCCAAGGGCCAUACAUGGUGAAGACGCUGAAAUAAUGGCCACACCGGCCCACCUUGAGGCAGUGUCCCCCCUGGCAGAAAAUAAAGAUUCAGGAUACCUUGAAUGGUCAGCAGAGAGGCUGAGUAAAACAAAUGGAACUACCCUGCCUCCCCGGCAGGGGGCUUCACCCUCAUCCUGCAGCUGCAGACACUGGAAACUGCCUUCAGGGCCAGGCCGACCAAGCCCACCACACCCCUGGUGCCCAGAGCCGCUACGUGUCCUCGAGUCAUGUAUCCACUUUCUAAAGUCUGCAUGAAGCCUGCAAUUGACCCACCAUGACUCAUGCACAGUGACGAAAG